UGUAUAACUUUGAUGAUGCUUUGUUCCUGGUUAGCGUACUUUUGCUUUUGUGUUUUGACGGCUGUUGGCAUACAGUUUCAUCAACAGUCGAACUCGCAAAAUGACGAAAUCGAGUUUGAGCCUAUGACCAUGCCUACCGGUGUUGUUCCUCCACCUCCUUCCCAUAUGUCCUCACAGUCUUCUGCUCUUCCACUUCAGAUCAAUGGCAUAUUUCCAAGCCUGGCUGUAUCUGCCGAAAGUGCUCCUCACCGCAGUGAAUGUGGCGUCGGCGCUCUCAUGCCAUGGGCAGAUCGUCUCUACAUGGUCACGUAUUUGUCGGUUCCACACGCCGGUGCUGGCACAGGUUUGUACGAAAUCGCUUCUAACUUUACUAUGACCAAAAUUGCCGAUCACAACUCUACUUAUGCUAACCGAUUGCUUCACCCUCAUUCCAAUCAAAUCAUAAUUGGAGCUUGGUUGAUUGACGCCCGUCGAAACGUAAGAGUAUUUAACGAUCUUCUGAACGUCAGAGUUGGCGGAAUGGCAAUGCAUCUACAAGAUCCUGAAAACAAAGUCUACAUGCUGGGAAUGGAUGGACCGUUGUGGGAAUGCGACGUUUACCUUCUCAACUGCACACAAAUAUUUGAUUUGGUGAAAACUUUAAACAUUCCAAAAGAUCAAGGAGAACAACCGCAUUUCAAAGCAGCUCACACAAUGAACAAUCGUUUAGUUGUGGCUAGUAACACAUUUGAAGAAGAAGACUUUCUCAAGUCGCAACAUGGCGGAAGGCUGGCUGAAUGGGAAGGACCAGGACAUGAAUGGAAAAUACUGGAAACGACAGCAUUUGUAGAGGUAGCUGGAAGAGGAAAUUUCGGUCGCGUGAUAUACGCUGUAGGCUGGGAUACUGCUUCUGUCAUUCUCAAAGUUUUUGUUGGUGAGAGUAAAGCGGCUCCUGCAUUAACUAACGAAUGGCAGACCUAUCGAUUGCCAAAAGCCAGUCAUGCAUAUGAUCAUCUAUGGCAAACUGAAUGGCCGCGCAUCCGUGAAGUGGAGACAGAGAGAUAUCUACUGGACGUUCAUGGCCAAUUCUAUGAGUUGUCUCCCUUGGGAUGGGCCAGCAGCACGUGGGGACUUCGCCCAGUCUGCAGGCAUCUUAGAAUGAUUCCAGACUUCACGUCAUUUCGUGGACUUUUUGUCCUUGGCGGAAACGAGGUUUCUUCUAUUUUCGACAACAACCUGGUGACUGGUCAGUCUCAGUCUGGACUCUACUUCGGAAAGACAGACGACUUGUGGAGCUUUGGCAAACCUCAGGGAUGGGGAGGUCCGUGGAGAUAUACCAACGUAACCGCCACACUGCCUUCAGAUCCUUACCUAAUGACAGGGUUUGAUAAGAAAGUUCUUCAUUUGUCGACUCAUGAAACGGCUGCCGCUGUUGCUGUUACAGUCCAGAUUGAUUUCACGGGAAUCGCAGGACAUGUGCACGAGGCUUGGAACAAUUACACUACAAUUGUACUGACAGCUACGGUACCGUACGCAUAUCACGUAUUUCCUGAUGGAUUCAGUGCUCACUGGAUGCGAGUUGUAGCUAAUCAGUCAUGCACUGCAACAGCCUACCUGCACUACACGUAAUGGACGCGUCAACUAGCAAACCAUCAUAUAGCUAUCAUUGUAGCAUUACUGUUGCUUGCUGUUAGACCGUAGCCUUCAACUCGUGCAUGAACUUAAAUUUGGCACAACAUGCACAACAUAGUUUUGUAUAUGUAUCUUAUUGCUGUCACCAAGUACAUACACGUUGUGAAAUACAUCAAUAGCAUAAUACGCACCCUACU